UGGCUGUUAUCCAACUGUGCUGUUCGACUAUUGUUUCAGUGGACACGACUGACACCGGCGGACGGGACUUCAAAACUACAAUUUUCACGGAUGAGUGUAGUGGCUUUGCAGUAGUCAUAAUAACGGGAUAUGUAUCUAUUUUGUUGUGGAUUGCACUCUAUAUUUUGAAUUGGUGAGAAUAAUCGGAUGGGGCAACUUUGUUUUUAAAUUACUUUUCUCUGCAACUGUGAGCCUAUAGAUAUAUAACGUUAGCAGUCGCUUUCAACCUCGGAUCUCAGACCAUCCUAAAACAUUCAUAGACGCUUACGGAUAAGAAGGGUUUUCGAAAGCUUAAUACCAUCAAGGCUAUGACCUUUUAUUUUCUUUGGACGUGAAGUCAGCGCGAGUCCUCAAGCCAAGGAACCCUAUAAUUUGCUCUCUGGGUUGUUCCUAUUGCACAUUUUGAAAAACGUAGCAUAUAUAUAUUUUUCGUUUUAUAGGCCUAGUCUUACUGUAAUUCUACAAUGGACGGGGAACACGUCUUACGCGAUUUUAAAGAUAUUGAGACAAAGUUGGGUCGCAAAGUUCCUGAAAGUCUCAUUCGUUCCCUUGCAGGAGGAAAUAAUCAUCACGACAAACAUGAGGAUACAAAACCGGCGACACCGAAAAACCAGUCGAACUCUGCUGAUUUGAAACGACUGGAGAGCAAGAUGUUAUUUUUGAGACAGGAAAUGGCCCAACUCCGUGCCAUCGAUGUCAAGCUGAUGCAGCAGCUAAUGUCCAUCAACGACGGCAUCGAAUCCAUCCAAUGGGUGAUGGAUGACAAGGAGGGCCUAGCCAGUCGUGAAAGCAGCCUGACAGGCAGCCUGUACAGCCUAUUGGACAGCCAGGAUGACACCUCUUCACGCGGCAGCUUCACCAGUCUGCACGACGGACACAGCGAUGGAUUGGACGGGAUAUCCGUGGGCAGCUAUCUGGAUACGUUGGAUGAGUUAGCCGAAGACCUUUCGGAACACACUUCUCUGACGGACCUUGAUCUUUUCUCUGAUAAACCUGUUAUAGAGGACGAGACUUUCAGCAAGCCAACAAUGCGACUCAGAGUGGACUCCGAUGAGUACUACUGCUUUGGAUAGCGCUGCGUGGCUAUGAGGCUAAUACAAACGCAGACAAAGACCAGAAGGUUAUUUUUACCUAGCGUUGUCAAGAUUUCAAAUUCAUAUCAAAUAUAGUUGGCAUGGUAACUUUGGUAACAUUUUUAAAUUAUGAACUAGGACAUCAACUGGUUGAAAUUUGAGUAGUUUAGAAAUGUUUCAUAAGGUGGCUUGUUCAUUGAGUUUACUGUGUGAAAUAUAGAACAUGGAUUUGUUCCCUUGAUGACCUACAUUCUUUUCCUGCUGCUAAGUGUUCUACAGUGAUGUCACAGUGACAUUUAAGUGGUUUUACAAAGGGCAACUAUUCACAGUUGUGCUAUUUUGUAUCUUAAAACCAAAUUCCUUUUUGUCUAAUGCAUGUACACCUCACUAAACCUUAGCUACUUGUCCCUUCACCAAAACAAGUAAGGAUGAGCUUUAAACAUAAUUAGGGAUUGAAUUGUUGUACUGAUAGGAGGUUAAAGGUGCAAUUUGUAAGUUAUCUGCCCCAACAAGAGGAACUACAACCACAAUCAACCUAAAACAAAUACAAAAUCAUGUUAAGUAGUGCACCCMCUUCCUCCUCAUUCUUUGUGGUUGCUUGCAGUGCUCUCCAGGAGCGUUGGAGUCAACUUUCUUUACAGAAAAUCGAACUUACGAAUUGCACCUUUUUAAUAAUAAUUUUGCUGUUUGCUUUAUUUUUAUUGACACAGCUCACUUGGCAAAAGUUAGAUGAAUUUUUCACAAUUUUCAUUCAGUGCACACUGACUGUACUCCAAAGAAUCUGAUACCUCAGUGUCUUGUUUCCCUUUUCACUUAGAUACCAUGUCUUUGAUUAGCCAUUCAUCCAUCAGAACUAAGGUAAUGUAGUAUAUAAGGAAUUAGUGGUAAUUUGGAGCAUUAGCGGUUCCAUGCUGAGACAUCGGCUGGAGUGGUUUAGUGGGGCAAAAAUACUACAUUUCCUUCAGGUUAUAGCAUCCAAGUGCAAUUUGCUACCAUGCCAAAUCCUUUGCAUCACUGUAUUUCAGCACCUCUACAACAUAUGGAAGCACAUGGCUAUCAAAACGUGUAUGUGACCAAUACAAUUUGAUUUGAUUUGAAAUUUUAAAAAUGAUUUUGACAGCUAUGUGCUUACAUGUUACACAUUGGACAGGUACUUUGCUCUUUCUUACUUUUUUAAAAUUUUAGACAGAUUGCAGUCAACAUUGCCAUGCCCAGGUCAACAAUUUAUUUUUGUUUUGUUUUACCACAAGAGAUUAAUUGCAAACAAGUUCCAAAGCGGAAAUCUUGAAGUUCACAGCACUUACUUAAUUGAAUUACUACAUGGUAUUUUUUGGUUACGUUUAAUAAAUUUAAUUUUUGAGCUAGUCAACACUUUAAUGAAUGGUAACUGACAAAGUUAAGUACAAAAGUAAGGACAUUAAUUUCUGUACAAAAUGAUUUUGCUUUAAAUUCCACUUUCUGUGUCUAUUCACAUUACCUGUGUGUGUUGUGCCCUUCAUGUUGCCUACUUUUUAACAUUGUAACUUAUUGUUUUUAUUGGUGUUGUUGAAAAGCAUGUUGGGGAAAAUAAUAUAUUGUGAUUUUCUUCUUUCUCA